GUUGUUCGAAGCCACCAGGCCUAUGUAGCAAAUGCAAGCGUUUUUUGAGGAGUGUAUUUUAUUUGUUCUCUAUGAGAAUUAUAUUGACCUAUUAAAUACUUUAACUGUUUUUUGCUGUAUAGUACAGUCACGCUUAACAUCGUUAAAGGCCUACUGAAAUGAGAUUGUCUUAUUGAAACGGACACAGGAGGUCCAUUCCAUGUGUCAUACUUGAUCAUUUCGCGAUAUUGUCAUAUUUUUGCUGAAAGGAUUUAGUAGAGAACAUCGACGAUAAAGUUUGCAACUUUUGGUCACUAAUAAAAAAAAGCCUUGCCUGUACCGGAAGUAGCAGACGAUGUGCGCGUGAUGUCACUGGUUGUAGAGCUCCUCACAUCCUCACAUUGUUUACAAUCAUGGCCACCAGCAGCCAGAGUGAUUCGGACCGAGAAAGCAACAAUUUCCCCAUUAAUUUGAGCGAUGAUGAAAGAUUUGUGGAUGAGGAUAGUGAGAGUGAAGGACUAGAAGAAAAAAAGACGAGGGCAGUGGGAGCGAUUCAGAUGUUAUAAGACACAUUUACUAGGAUAAUUGUGGAAAAUAUCAUAUCUGCUUAUUGUGUUACUAGUGUUUUAGUGAGAUUAUAUAGUCAUACCUGAAAGUCGGAGGGGUGUGGUGACCGCCAGUGUCUCUGAGGGAAGCCACGGAGGAGCCAAGAGAGUCGCAUCUGCCUCUUUGACAGCUGCAGGAGGAACGACACAAGCUCCGCUCAUGUCUACGACGUCCAACAGAUGAAUGGCCGUCAAGAAGAAUGUCCCCUUCAGCAGCAGGGUGGGACUUCUCUUUGAGGCAGGAGGAUUCUCGGCCUCCCCACAUUAAAGAGGAAGAGGAGGAUCUCUGGCUUACUCAGGAGAGAGAGUGUCUUCCAGGGCAGGAGGAAGCUUAUCCCACCAAGAGACUGUUGUCUCUGUGAAGACUGAAGACCAUGAAGACAAACCACCUGAGUCCUCACACCUUCAUCACAGUCCAACAGAGUACGAGGAGGAACUUUGUCCAACAAAAGAGGAGAAGGAGCCACAACGUCAACUACUGGACGCUGUUUUCAAGAAACAUCAAGUUGUGUUAAACAGGACAGACAGGUGAACAUGACUGCCCAGCGUUUGUUCUCUGCACUAGUCUUGUGUGCUGAGAUGGUCCAAGGCCCAAAUUUGUCAAGUCCAACGUUGGUGAAAGGAGGAUCUAAGGUAAGUCUAUCCGCAGGUAAGUUAGACAUUUUCUGUUCCUCAAGCUUUCAUCUCUUUCUUUUGCAGGUGACAUAUUUGUUUAUCACACUUGACACAAGUUUCUUACUUCCUGUUAUCCACAGUCCACCUGUCCGAACUGCGCCUUCAGUGAAGUGUCUGCCUUGAUUGGCCACUUGUACGUAGUAGUAUCGUACCAACAAGGUGUGACAGACUCUUGCUGUCGUCGUGCGGGUUCCAUUGACCACUAAGGAAGGACAUUGCUUUGAGCAGACGUCUGUGAAGAACAUCUUCACCCUGAGCAACAGAAGUGGAGCACCAGGAUGUUGAUGGAGGAGCCAAAGCCCUCCCACAUUAAGAAGGAAGAAUACCCAGUGAUCCUACAUUUUAAAAAGGAAGAGAAGGACCCACUGACACCCCAUUUUAAAGAAGAAGAAGAGGGCCCACUGACGACGCACAUUAAAGAGGAAGAGGAGGACCCACUGACUCUUCACACUAAGGAAGAAGAGGAACGAUUAACCCCUCAUAUUAAGGUGGUAGAGGAAUACCCACUGAACCUACAUUUUAAAAAGGAAGUGAAGGACCCACUGACACCUCAUUUUAAAGAGGAACAGGAAGACCCGCUGACCUCUCACAUUAAGGUGGAAAAGGAGGACCCACUGACCCUUCACAUUAAGGAGGAAGAGGAGGAACCACUAACCUCUCACAUUAAGGUGGAAGAAGAAGAACGACUAACCUCUCACAUUAAGGAGGAAGAGGAGGAACACAGCAUCAGUCAGGAGGGAGAGCAUUGUGAAUGUUUGGAGGGGUUCCCAGUGAUUGUGAAGAGUGAAGAUGAUGAGGUCAAAGGUGAAAGUGAGGAGAAGAGAGAGGCGCAGCCUCCAAGCAGCAGCUCCACUCAACACAUGACAACAGAAGCUGAUGGAGACCACUGUGGAGGAUCACAAGCAGACAAGAUCUUAGCUCCACUAUCAGAUAGUGACGACACAACGUCUCACUCUCCUGACUCUGAUGAUGAAGACUCUAAAGAUGAUAAAACAUGUCACACUGACAACACACGCUUUAAAUGUUCUCACUGUGACAAAACUUUUAAAUAUCAUUGGGAUCGGAAAGUACACAUGAGAACACACACUGGAGAAAAACCUUUUUCCUGUUCAGUCUGUGGUAAAAGUUUUACACGAAAUCGUGAUAUGAAAAGACACACAAGAAUCCACACUGGAGAAAACCCCUUUUCUUGUUCAGUCUGUGGUAAAGGUUUUGCGGGAAAAAGUGAUCUGAAAGUACACAUGAGGAUGCACACUGGAGAAAAACCCUUUUCCUGUUCAGUCUGUGGUAAAGGUUUUGCACGAAAUAGUCAUCUGAAGAUGCAUACAAGAAUCCACACCGGGGAAAAAUCAUGUAUCUGUUCAGUCUGUGGUCAAGGUUUUAAACAAAAUUGUGAUCUGAAAAGACACACAAGAAUUCACACUGGAGAAAACCCUGUUUCCUGUUCAGUCUGUGGUAAAGGUUUCGCAGGAAAAAGUGAUCUGAAAGUACACACACGAAUGCACACUGGAGAAAAACCCUUUUCCUGCUCAGUCUGUGGUAAAGGGUUUGCACAAAAUGGUCAUCUGAAAAGACACACAAGAAUCCACAGCGGUGAAAAAUAAUGUAUCUGUUCAGUCUGUAGUCAAUGUUUUACACAAAAUAAUGUUCUGAAAAGACACAAAAAUGCACACUGAAGAAAAACCCCUUUCCUUUUCAGUGUGUGGUAAAGGUUUUGCACGAAAUUGUAAUCUGAAAAAAAAACAACAACAAUGCAAAUGGAGAAAAAAAACCCUAUUCUUGUCUUGCCCGUGGUGAAGGUAAAGGUUUUUCACAACAAAGUCAUCUGAAAAGACACACAAGAUUGCACACUGAAAAAAAAAAAAGUUUCCUCUCCAGUCUGUAGUAAAGUUUUUAUACAAAGACUUUUAAAGGGGAACAUUAACACAAUUUCUGAAGGGUUAAAACCAAUAAAAAUCAGUUCCCAGUGGCUUAUUUUAUUUUUCAAAGUUUUUCUCAAAAUUUUACCCAUCACGCAAUAUCCCCAAAAGCGUCUUCAAAGUGCCUGAUUUUAACCAUCUUAAUAUCCACCCGUGCAUUAUCCUGUGACGUCACAGCGUGACCACACAGAAACAAACAUGGCGGAUAGCACAGAAAGGUAUAACAAUAUUAGCUCGGAUUCAGACUCGGAUUUCAGCGGCGUAAGCGAUUCAACUGAUUACACAUGUAUUGCAACAGAUGGUUGGAGUGUGGAGGCAGGUAGCGAAAACGUAAAUUGAAGAAGAAACUGAAGCUAUUGAGCCAUAUCACAACAGACAGCGGCAUGGGAAGAAGCGAGGACGAAUUCGGCGAUCGCCUUCUAACCAACGAUUGGUAUGUGUUUGUUUGGCAUUAAAUGCGGGUGGAGGGAAAGGCUGGAUGCAAAUAUAGCUACAAAUGAGGCAUAAUGAUGCAAUAUGUACAUACAGCUGGCCUAAACAGCAUGUUAGCAUCGAUUAGCUUACAGUCAUGCCGUGACCAAAUAUGUCUGAUUAGCACACUCAACAUAAGUCAAUAACAUCAACAAAACUCCCCUUAGUGAGUGGUCAGUGGUUCAGUGGUCUAUUUUCCCAAUAUUGCAGAUUUCUUUGACUUUAUCGUUGGAAAUGCAUCUGCUUUGAGUGUCGCAGGAUAUCCACACAUUCUUGCCAUCUCUGUCGUAGCAUAGCUGUCGUCGGUAAAGUGUGCGGAACAAACAAGGGACUUUCGCAUCUUUUGGUCACUAGUGCAACUUGAAUCCGUCUCUGUUCGUGUUGUUACACCCUCCGACUACACAUCGACGAGGCAUGAUGUCUCCAAGGUACGGCAAAACAGUCGAAAAAAAGUUUGAGAAAAUGGCGGAUCGCUUCAUGUUGUGACGUCACGGGUGAAAGGUCAUCACUCCGACAGGCUAUCAAUUGUAAGGCGUUUAAAUCGCCAAAUUCACCUUUUUAGAGUUCGGAAAUUGGUUAAAAAAAACAUAUGGUCUUUUUUCUGCAACAUCAAGGUAUAUAUUGACGCUUACAUAGGUCUGGUGAUAAUGUUACCCUUUAAAGUACACUGGAGACAAACCACCAUAAAGGCAUUAUUGAUAAUGCAGAUGCUUGGUAGGCUUUACAUGUUUCAUAUACUGUCUGUCAUUGAAAAGACACAUGAAAACACACACAUACACUCAAGAAAACCCUUUAGUUGCAGUGUGUGUGUGUGUGUGUGUGUGUGUGUGUGUGUGUGUGUGUGUGUGUGUGUGUGUGUGUGUGUGUGUGUGUGUGUGUGUAAGUGAAGAAAGAUUCCCUAAUAAUUACAAGUGUAAGACACAUAACUAUGCGGGUGAGAAGAGCAGCAGUAAAUGAAGACGCAGGAUGUUAUGUCAUCGUUCUCUGUGUUACAAGUUUGACUUAUUGCUUUUAACUUUUAUGUUCCAACACCGAGUCAUUCCAAAGAUGAUAAAAAUGGGACCCAUUACCUCUCUGCUUGACACUUAGCAUCAAGGAUGGAAUUUGAGGUUGAAUCACAAAAAUGAUUUCGCCACACCUAGUGUGUGUGUGAUAAUCAUUAGUACUUUAACUUAACAUUUACCCUUGUAUUCUAAGAGGAUUUUUGAACUGUCAGUGAUCUGUAGCGUUCAUUUUUGUUUGGUAAAUGACAAACCAUAAGAGAUUAUCAUCACAUUUAGACAUCUCUAACAUGUAAAUGAUUCCUCCUUCCUAGAUCAGCAUUGUAAAUACAAAUAUGUUCUUAGUUGUUUUACCCUGGAUAAAAAAGAUGUUAAAUAAAUAUAUUUAAACUAGGACGUAAAUGUUUAUAUACUACAUUACCCAGAAAGGUUAGUGCUGGAGAUAGGAACAGGAAGUAGGUUUGAUUUAUGUUGGAGGACAUUUGUGCCGUUUCAUCAAUAAAGAGUUGCUAUAUUGUUA